CUCACCAGGCCAUUUUGAGGCGUUGGUCGCGCGGGAACGGUGGGGAACUACAGGGAAGGCGUGGACGCCCCUAGGUCUUGCGCGCGCACUUUAUGCUCUGGAUGAAGAGGCACGCUCAGAACCAGCAUUGGUAUCCACAUCUGGACCGCCCUAGCCAGCGGCGGAAUCCCACCCGGCCAAGUGAAUUCUAGGGAUGGCCCCCCGCGCCUCCGCCUGCAGCUGCCCUUGCCUUAUAAGGCGGGGCCGGGCGGCGCCGGGGGAGUGGCUGUGGCCGCCCCUGCCCCUGCCGGCCCCGGUCAGCAGCUGGGACCCCGCUACCCAGCGCAGCGCAGCGCAGCCACAACGGAGCCGAGGAGCGCACACAGCAGGCCAUGGGCAAAUCAGGUAUUCGGAGGCCCUGGCCAGCACAAGAAUUCUCAAGCACAGCCCAGAGUCCAGUCGUGGCCAGUGUGGCGAGAACCUUGCGUGGGCAUCCUAUGAUCAGACAGGAAAGGAUGUGGCUGAUAGGUGGUACAGUGAAAUCAAGAGCUACAACUUCCAGCAGCCUGGUUUCACCUCAGGGACUGGACACUUCACAGCCAUGGUAUGGAAGAACACCAAGAAGAUAGGCGUGGGGAAGGCAUCUGCAAGUGAUGGGUCCUCCUUUGUGGUGGCCAGAUACUUUCCAGCAGGAAAUAUUGUCAACCAGGGCUUCUUCGAAGAGAAUGUCCCACCUCCAAAGAAGUAACUUACACCACCAAAUGUAACCAGAUGGAGACACGCAUAUAUGAAGUGCCUAUAGAACCACAAAACGCCAGCGAAGUGUCUGUCCCUAUGGGUGUAUGUACUCAUGUUUACCUGUGUAUGUACUUAUGUGUUUACUUGUGAGCAUCUCUUGUGACAGCUACACAUGAGCUCGUUCUGAUUAAAGGAUGGGCAUCCAAAAUAUUUA